AAGUUAUCGUACGUCUUUUGUUGCAUUGAAGAAAGUUAAAACAAAGAACAUGAACCAAUGCAAGAAUGCGAAAAGCUAAACCCACCGACUACGUGCUUCAUGACACGUGACGAGCAGUAUGCGUCUCAAUCAAUCAACACGAACUUCUAAACCACCACCCAACAAAUUCACGACUCGAUAUAUAAUAGGCAAAAAAUUUGAAUAGUAGUAUAAAGUAGGCGUACAGAAACCACACCUUUUCUACUUUACAUUUUUUUAGUUAACUUUUAAUUUAAAUUUAUUCAACCAAAACCAAACCAGAAAAUUCAUACACAGAAUAUAUAUACACCACCCCAUCAUACAACAUGCGCCCACCGGUUAUUCUCGAACCAUCCGCCACCUUUUCUUCUUCUUCUUCUCCAACCGAUCGCAGGCUAAACACUCUCGCAAGACACCUUUCUCAAUUUCCAGAUCAUAAUCAAAUGGCUUCUCAUAUUUCUCCUUCUCCAACAGCUUCUUCCGAUUCCGUUUUCGCUCACAUCGCUCAAGCUCCCGAAGAUCCUAUCCUCGGGGUAACUGUUGCUUACAACAAAGAUCCAAGUCCUAUUAAGCUCAACUUGGGCGUUGGUGCUUACCGAACUGAGGAAGGUAAACCCCUUGUGUUGGAUGUAGUGAGGCGUGUUGAACACCAACUGUUGAACGACUUGUCACGCAACAAGGAGUAUAUUCCAAUUGUUGGGCUAGCUGAUUUUAACAAAUUGAGUGCUAAGCUUAUUUUUGGCGCAGACAGCCCUGCUAUUCAAGAGAACAGGGUUAGCACUGUUCAAGGCUUAUCUGGUACUGGUUCUUUAAGAGUUGGGGGUGAAUUUUUGGCUAAGCACUAUCACCAACGGAUUAUAUACUUGCCACAACCUACUUGGGGAAAUCAUACAAAGAUUUUUGCCUUGGCAGGUUUAACUGUCAAAACAUAUCGCUACUAUGCUCCAGCAACACGGGGGCUCGACUUCCAAGGACUUCUAGAGGAUCUUGGUUCUGCACCAUCUGGAUCUGUUGUUUUGCUACAUGCAUGUGCACACAACCCUACUGGUGUUGAUCCAACGCUUGAACAGUGGGAGCAGAUUAGACAGCUCAUAAGAUCAAAAUCUCUGUUACCUUUCUUUGACAGUGCUUAUCAGGGUUUUGCCAGUGGAAGUCUAGAUGCAGAUGCACAGCCUAUUCGUUUGUUUGUUGCUGAUGGUGGUGAAUUGCUGGCAGCUCAGAGUUAUGCAAAGAACAUGGGUCUUUAUGGUGAACGUGUUGGUGCCUUGAACAUUGUCAGCAAGUCAGCUGAUGUUGCAAGCAGGGUUGAGAGCCAGCUGAAACUUGUGAUUAGGCCCAUGUACUCAAGUCCUCCCAUUCACGGUGCAUCCAUUGUGGCUGCCAUUCUCAAGGACCGGGAUCUGUACAAUGACUGGACUAUUGAAUUGAAGGCAAUGGCUGAUCGCAUUAUCAACAUGCGGCAACAACUUUUUGAUGCUUUACGCACUAGAGGUACACCAGGUGAUUGGAGUCACAUUAUCAAGCAGAUUGGAAUGUUUACCUUCACAGGAUUGAAUCCUGAGCAAGUUUCCUUCAUGACUAAAGAGUACCAUAUCUACAUGACUUCUGAUGGGAGGAUUAGCAUGGCUGGUUUGAGCUCCAGAACAGUCCCACAUCUGGCGGAUGCAAUACAUUCAGCUGUUACCGGAGUUGCCUAAAUUCUACCUACUGUUUUCAAAUCACACCACUGAUGGUGGAUAUUUUUGUGUAAUAAUUGGCUCAUCAACAAUUAAACCUUAGUAUAAUUAAACAAUUAAGCCUUGUUUUAUGAGAAUGACAAACAACUUUUUGCCCACAGGGCUCAUGAUGCCUCCCUUAUAGAGCAUUACUAGGUUCCGAUCAGGGGAAUUUUUAGUUUUAUGAUUUGAAAAAUUUUAAACUUCAUGUAAUUUUAAUUUGAGAUUUGAGUUUCAAAUGAUUUUAACCA